AUGGCGUCCGCCAGCAGCGCGGGGAGCAGGGUGUCCUGCGGGAGGGAUUUGAAUUGUGUGCCGGAGGUAGCUGACACGCUAGCUGUGGUUGCCAAGCUUGGGUUUGACUUCCUGUGCAUGCCCCUGUUCCACUCGAGGUUCAACAGGGAGUUUGAGUUGGAGCCUGCUAAAUCCAGGCUCGGUGCUCAGACCCGGUCAGAUCUGCUCCUGUGUGGAAGAGAUUGGAAUACUCUUAUUGUCGGAAAGCUCUCUCCAUGGAUCAACGCAGAUUCCGAAAUCGAGACAGAACGCAGAAACUCAGAGGCUGCUCUUUCACAGGAGCUGAAUUUCUCAGCCUACCUGGGCCUGCCUGUCUUCAUGGUCCCUCUGAAAGGAGCUUGUAAUGCCAACCUCGCCCGUGUGCUGCUAAACCAUAUCCACACUGGACACCACACCUCAAAUUUCUGGAUUCGCGUCCCGCUGAUGUCUUCAGACGACAUGCGGGAAGAUCUGAUUGAGAACGAGCCGACCACUUGCAUCGAUGACUCAAGCGUUGAUGAGAAGACCUGGAGCUGGUGGCACUCGUUUAGAACCCUUUGUGAUUACAACAAGAGGAUCUGUCUCGCUAUUGAAAUUGGAGCAGACAUGCCCUCAGAAGCUGUGAUUGAUAAAUGGCUCGGAGAACCAAUCAAGGCAGCUAUACUUCCAACCAGCAUCUUCCUAACUAAUAAGAAGGGCUUCCCUGUCUUGUCAAAAGCCCAUCAGCGAAUAAUCUUCCGUCUUUUCAAGCUGGAGGCCCAGUUCAUCUUUACAGGCACCAGUCGCCACACUGAGAAGGACUUCCGAUCCUACCUGCAGUACCUGGAAUACCUCAAUCAGAACCGGCCUGCACCCAAUGCCUACGAGCUCUUUGCCAAAGGCUACGAAGACUACCUGCAGUCUCCUCUCCAGCCCCUCAUGGACAACCUGGAGUCUCAGACGUAUGAAGUAUUUGAGAAGGAUCCUAUUAAAUAUUCACAGUACCAACAGGCUGUAUAUAAAUGUCUACUUGACAGAGUCCCAGAGGAGGAGAAAGACACCAAUGUUCAGGUGCUGAUGGUGUUGGGUGCAGGCAGGGGUCCCCUAGUCAAUGCAUCCCUGCGUGCUGCCAGACAGGCAGACAGGAAGCUGAAGGUGUACGCUGUGGAGAAAAAUCCCAAUGCUGUCGUCACGCUAGAGAAUUGGCGCUUUGAGGAGUGGGGUGAUCAGGUGACAGUGGUUUCAUGUGACAUGCGGGAAUGGGCGGCACCUGAGAAGGCCGACAUCAUUGUCAGCGAGCUGCUCGGAUCGUUUGGUGACAAUGAACUCUCCCCUGAGUGCUUAGACGGAGCACAGCACUUUCUCAAAGAUGAUGGCGUAAGCAUUCCCUGCUCCUACACGUCCUUCCUGGCUCCACUGUCCUCCUCCAAGCUUUACAACGAGGUACGGGGAUGCCGGGAACGUGACAAGGACCCUGAGUGCCAUUUUGAGACACCCUAUGUAGUGCGCCUCCACAACUUCCACCAGUUGGCUGAGCCCAAAGCAUGCUUCACCUUCAAACACCCCACAAAAGAUAUGAACAACAACAGGUAUCAGUGCCUCAGAUUCUCAGUGGGUUGUAACUCGGUGCUCCACGGCUUUGCUGGCUACUUUGAGACCACGCUGUAUAAAGAUGUCACACUCAGUAUAAAACCAGAUACACAUUCACCUGGAAUGUUCUCCUGGUUCCCCAUCCUCUUCCCCCUCAAACAACCCAUCACCAUAUCCCGGGAUGAUGACGUCACAGUCCGAUUCUGGCGCUGCAACAACGGGAAGAAAGUGUGGUAUGAAUGGGCCGUGACCGAGCCCUCCUGCUCUGCCAUUCACAACCCCGCAGGACGCUCUUACACCAUCGGCCUGUGAAGACGACACAUAAAACACACUCGUCUAACAGGCAUACACUCUCACAUGUUUCUGUAACACUAGGUGGCAGUAGAAGUGGGGGUGGACCUGGGCUCUUUUUUUUAUAUAUAGAUGUUUGGUCAAACCUGGAAGCGUGAUGUUGAACCUCCUAAAGGCAGUGCAGUCUGGGUUUGAAAACUACCAAUUGUAGGCACUUUCGAGUCGGCAUCGAAACAGUUGAUCGGGAUAAAGCAGAUUUUUCGGUCUGUGUUUUUUCAGAAAUUGGUCUAGACGUCUGUUUCAGCAGGCAUGGACACGAAGUGUAUUGUUGCUGUGAGAUUGGCUUAUUCAGAUUAGGUCAAACACGGUGCCACUUGUUCCUCAUGUUUUUUGGGUUUUUUUGUCGUUGUUUUUUUCUCCACUGUUGUGAACUGGCAUUGCAGACACACAUUCAAUCCAACAAGACCUAUGCCUUAUCAAAUGCACAUUCCAUACCAGUACUGACAAAAACACCCUUCUCCUCAACUCAAAAAGGUCACAGGACAUUUACACCAUUCAUAUUACAUACUGUGUUGUUUCGGAGCUGUCUUCAUACCUUUGUUACUUUGUUUCUGUAAGUUUGAACCAUGUCAAUAAAGAUGACACUGUAAUGUUCUCGA